AGUUACCAUGGUUACCAAUGGCGUCCAAACACAACAAGAUCCAUCCAAAAGCGAAGCAGCUUCAUCCACCGGGGUCCAAACUUUAUUUCAAAUGAGGCUCUUUAAGAACUAAGAAAAUGUACAGCCUAGAUCUGCCUGAAGACGAGUCCACAAAAAGGGCUGUAGAGAGGAGACAGUCUGCAGAAGCUGCACGCAAGGCCCGGAUCUUCAACACCCGGCUCCGUGUGAUGGGCCUCGACCUGGAGGCUCUCAAACAACAGGUCGAGGAGAAAAAACAGCAGCAACUCAUAGAGAUACAACGAGGCAAAGCUUACGAUAAGCUGAGAGUGUUUCAGGAUGAAGUGCUGCUGCAGCAGGACAUUGAUGAAGGAGAGAAGCGAGCAGCUCUGCACAGUGACCUGACCCAGUAUUGGUCCACUCACCAGCGUGUAGAGGACUCAAGGGAUGCUGAUCUCAAGUGUGGCCUGAAGGGGGCAUUCAGGUUCACCAUUCCAGAGGGGGAGCUGGGACCUGCCAGUAUGAAGAUCUUUCAGGGAGAGGACAUGGGAGAGGAGCAAAGGAGGAGAGAACAAAUGAAAAAGACGGACAGAGAUCUGCGUGCACAGAAGGAAGAAGAUGAGAGAAGGCGUGUGGCCGACAAGCAGAGAGAGAUGCUCGUGAGCAAAGAGCUGGUGUAUCAGGACCUCAAAGGGGUGCAGCUGGAAGCACUGGAGGAGGAGUGUAAGAAAGCUGCCCGCACUGCACUUGACGACUACAAUCAAGCUCUGGCUGCAGAGCAGACGGAGAGACGGAAGGAGCAGCAGCGGAGAGAGGAAAGGGAGAAAGUUGCGGAGAUGUGGCACACUUUAACAUCGGACAUGAUGACAGAGUGUGCAGAGGCAGCGGAGAGAGAGGAGGGAGGAGGGAGGCCCCCCCACGUCCUGAUUGACAGGUGGAAGGGAAUGAGCCCCGAGCAGCUGAGUGACAUCCAGAGAGAGAGAGAGGAGCAGCUGCUCAAGAGACAGAGACAGCGUGAUGCCGAGAAGAUUCAGGAGGCAUCCUGGGAACUCCAGCUCCUGAAGCAGUCCAGGGAACAAGAGGAGGAGCAGAGGAGAGCAGAAGAGCUGAGGAGAGAGAUGAGGAUUCAGACAGACCGUUACAACAUGCAGCUGGCCCGGGAGCAGCAGGCACAUCAGGAGUACCUGAACAAGAAGCUGUACACCAACAAACCCAGCAAGGACUACUUCAAUCAGUUCAACACCAACUCCCGCUGACCUCCACACAGGCUUUCCCCCUUGUGACAAUGCACUAAUAAAAUUUAUGGAUUGUCAAUUGUAUUCUGAUUAAUCAAUACUUGCGGCUUAUAUUAACCCUUUGAUGCACAACAUGGGUCCAAAGUGACCCGAUAGAGUUUUUAUGUUCUAUAUCUUUGCAAUAAAUUAUUUUCAUCAUUCAGUAUUCCAGGUUUUCCUCAAUUAGUUUGUUUUUGAUCAUCAUACAUCCUAAUUUUAUGUUUUCCAUUAUUCAUUUUUUAACAAAAUCCCUUUUUGUGUCACUACUCUUCUAAUGCACAAAAUGGGUGAAAAAAGAC